UUCAAACGGUGGCUCUGGAAAGAGGCUGGGCGCGAGAUUCGGCGGCAGGGACGAAAAAGAGAGGCAGCAGCAGGAGCAGCAAAGGAGAAGAGGCCGGAGGAGGAGGAGGACCAUGUCUCCCAGGCGAGGCCGGGGCUAAAAGCUGCCUUUCUCCCGCUCUCCUCCCUCCUCUGCCAUUCCUUCAGUUCGGCCGGCGGUGACAGCCCCGCUUCCCUCCUCUUUCCGCCUUAUGGUGCCCUCAAAGGAUGGCGAAGAGGCCGCGAAGUUGGCACUUUGCAGUGAGGAAGACGAUGAAGACCUUCACUAUGCAGAUCAUGACUAUGAAGUGCCACAACAAAAAGGAACAAAGAAGAUAUGUAAUAGAGUAAAAUGGACACGUGAUGAGGAUGACAAGCUGAAGAAACUGGUAGAACAGCAUGGGACAACUGACUGGACAUUUAUUGCUAGUCAUCUACAGAAUCGUUCUGAUUUUCAGUGUCAACAUCGAUGGCAGAAAGUCCUAAAUCCAGAACUUAUUAAAGGCCCCUGGACUAAAGAAGAAGAUCAGAGGGUUAUUGAGCUUGUUCAGAAAUAUGGUCCGAAGCGCUGGUCUUUGAUUGCAAAGCACUUAAAAGGUAGAAUAGGGAAGCAGUGUCGAGAGAGAUGGCACAAUCACCUGAAUCCUGAAGUAAAGAAAUCUUCAUGGACUGAGGAGGAGGACAGAAUCAUCUAUGAAGCUCACAAGCGAUUGGGGAAUCGGUGGGCUGAAAUUGCAAAAUUACUUCCUGGAAGGACCGACAAUUCAAUAAAAAAUCAUUGGAAUUCUACUAUGAGAAGAAAAGUUGAACAAGAAGGGUAUUUACAAGAUGGAAUCAAGACAGAAAGACCUUGUUUAUCAAAAGGUCCACAUAAAGCGUGUUCGUCUACAGAGCAUCUUCAUGCCCACAACCAGUUCUACGUACCUGUUCAGGCACAUAUCCCAGGGUACCAGUAUGUGUCAACAGAAAGCAACUGUAUAGACCAAAUGACACCCUCUUCAGACUUCAUUCAGCAGCCAUUUGAUGAUGAUCCCGACAAAGAGAAAAAAAUAAAAGAACUUGAGCUGUUACUUAUGUCAGCCGAGAAUGAAAUCAGAAGAAAGAGAGUCUCAUAUCAAGGUGGACAUUUUUCUAACUGGUCUGGAAAUUUCAUUAUGGAAGACAACGUAUCAAAUGCCCUAAAUAGUCUUGGGGAGCAAACGCAUGACUUUUACAAUUUGGAUGAUACACAGGCUGCGACUGCACAGCAAAGCUCACCUACCAAAUAUUUGGCUGUAGAGGCAAAUGCAGUGUUGUCAUCUCUACAGACUAUUCCUGAAUUUGCAGAGACGCUAGAACUUAUUGAAUCGGAUCCUGUAGCAUGGAGUGAUGUCACCAGCUUUGACCUCACUGAUACGACUACAUCUCCUGUCAAUCAAGCUCCAGUGAAACUAAUGCGGAUUCAACACAGUGAUGGGGCCAUGGAGUGCCAAUUCAAUGUCAGUGUGGUGCUUGAUGGCAAAAAAACAAGUGAAGAAGAUGAAUCCACAUUUCCAAGUGCUGUCAAGUUCAGUUCUCCUCCCACCAUUUUGCGCAAGAAAAAGAAACUAAAAGUUGGACAGUCAGUAACUGGUGAACAGAACGAUACUUUGUCCAGUAGUAUUACCAGCACUGCACUAAAACAAACACCAGUGAAAACACUACCCUUUUCUCCUUCACAGUUUUUCAACACCUGUUCUGGAAAUGACCAGUUUAACCUUGAAAAUCCUACAUUUACAUCAACGCCAGUUUGUGGCCAAAAAGUUCUUAUUACAACGCCUUUGCAUAGUAAAGAAAUGACACCCAAAGAUCAAAAGGAAAAUGCAGGUUUUAGGACACCUACUAUUAGGAGAUCUUUGCUAGGAACUACACCAAGAACACCUACUCCCUUUAAGAAUGCUUUAGCUGCCCAGGAAAAAAAGUAUGGUCCUCUGAAAAUAGUGUCUCAGCCACUUGCCUAUUUGGAGGAAGAUAUUAGAGAGGUUUUAAAGGAAGAAACUGGAACAGAUAUAUUCUUCAAGGAAGAGGACGAUUCUGUUUAUAGGAGUUGCAAAUUAGAGAAUCCUUCUGCAAGGAAAGUCAGAAAGUCAUUGGUUUUGGAUCCCUGGGAAAAAGAAGAGUUUGAUGCCCAAUUUUUUACAGAAGACAAUGGUUCAGAUACACAGUCAGAAAAUAUUUAUACAACAUCACUCCUAAUGAUUCCAUUUUUGGAAAUACACGACAAUAGAGGAAACAUGACUCCAGAGAAACAGGAUUCCAAUUCCACAAAGCUGAAUGUAGCAAUGAAAAAAAGGCUGAAUACUUGCACUUCAAAAAAUGUCAAAUCAGAAAAAACACUUCAGGCAAAUUGUGAAUGGGAAGCUGUCGUUUAUGGGAAGACUGAAGAUCAGCUCAUUAUGACUGAGCAAGCAAGGCGAUAUCUGAGCACCUAUAUGGCUACUGGCAGCACUUCAAGGGCUCUGAUUUUGUGAUUGCGUCAAAACAUUUCAAAAUGGACUUUAUGCUGAAAUGUUUGUUUCAGCAACAUAAGUACUGACGGAUUUUAUUUAUUCUUUUUAAAGAUUUGAAACUGCCUUAUAAGGCAAAACUUGGGGCUUUUUAAAAUGUUACGCAUCAAUCUUUUUAAAGUGAAAGUUGUACAGUCUUUUAAAAAGACUACUCUAAAGCAUAACUAUUUUUUCUAUCAAGCAAUUUUUGUUCUUUAAUAUAUACUUCUACUCUCCUCUUAAAUAUUAUUUUAAUGUAGCCUAGGUUUACAGGUACUUUAUUAUCUAUCUAUGAAAGGAAAUUAUACAUGACUCCUUGAAAAUGCUUUUGCUUAAAUGCUGAUUUAUGUAGCAUUUUUUGUAAACACAAAAGAGAGGAAACUAAAGGAAAAAUAGAAGGUUGCACUACUAGUAGUAGGUAUGCUGCACAAAAUUAACUACAGUGUUAAAUGUAUUUAUUUGAGAAUGGUACUUCUAAGAAGAGUAGACAAAGGGAUUGUUGAUUUUUUUUAUAUUAGGGUAAAGCAUCAGUAUUCAUAAAUCUCAAACCAAGACUAUUGUUGAAUGUAUUGUACAGCAUGUAGGGGCAAGAAAGCUUUUGUAAAUUGGAAAGCAGUUUAAUUUAUAUUCACUGUAAAGCUUAAGGCUGCAGUCUCUCUAAUUGCCUGCAUAUUCUUGCUGCUUUGCAAAACAAAAUGAACCUGGGAGGGAGGUGUAGCAAAUUUUCUUUUGCUGGUUAGAUGUAGAAAAGGAAGAUGGUUACAUCUCAGAAACAAUAUGAGCACUAUUGCUUUCUCUGCUUUGCUCUAGGGUCAGUGAGUAGUAUGUUCGUUCUAAUACUUAUUUGGAGUAGACUACAUUCUUCCUUUCCCAUGCUGCUUUUUCAUAACUAGGCGUCUCAGUAUCUUUAGAUCAGAAGCAGCAGUCAGUCAGUUCUGAACAAUACUCAGUUGUCUUCUAUGGACAAGUUCCUGCAAACAGCUGAGCUCUUUCCUUCUCCAAGCCUUAUUGUUUUCAGUAGGUAGUAUCUUUAAAAGCUGCACAAAAUGCUAACUGAGCAGCAUGAAGGAGGAAAGAGUGUGUUUUUAGUAAGCGGUACAUGAAAAGGUACUAAAAAUGGCGUUUAUCCCGGGACAGCAUUAUAGACAGAAAGAACAUUCUUUAGGUCACUGUUCUUUAAUGGAUUCAUUUUAUUCUCAACUGCUACUGAAAUAUUUAUUAGGUAAAAUUACAAAAGGUUAAAGUGCAAAGAACUAAGACCUGGUAUACUGUAGUAUUAAAAGUAUACUGUGUUGUGGUCAUGAAGGACAGGCCUGGGUAUAAAGAUAUUUCAGAGAGGACAAACUUCUCUGUGCCCAGUAGACAGUGGGAAAAAGGAGGAUUGUUGUCUACUCUGUGAAGGAUAGUAGUGAAGGAUUAGAUAGCAGAAUAUGUCUGAGUUGCUUUGCAAACACUAGUAUUUUAUAUGAAUCUGUGUUGGCACAGGUAGUAAGCAAACUUUUCGUUCUUUUAUGUAGAUAUUAAUAAGCACACA